AUGGCUUCCCUCGAUACGCUGGACAUCAUUGUCCUGGCAGUCCUGCUGCUCGGCACGAUCGCAUACUUCACCAAGGGCACAUACUGGGCGGUUCAGAAAGAUCCAUAUGCAAGCUCGAUGGCCAAUGGCUCUGCUGGCAAGUCCGGCAAGAGCAGAAACAUCCUGGAGAGAAUGGAGGAGUCUGGCAAGAACUGUGUCAUCUUCUAUGGUUCCCAGACUGGCACAGCAGAGGACUACGCAUCUCGGUUAGCGAAGGAGGGCUCUUCAAGGUUCGGCUUGAAGACUAUGACGGCGGAUUUGGAAGAGUAUGAUUAUGAGAACCUGGACCAGUUCCCAGAGGACAAGAUCGCCUUCUUCGUGUUGGCAACCUACGGCGAGGGUGAACCCACUGAUAACGCUGUGGAGUUCUACGAGUUCAUCAAGGGCGACGAUGUUUCGUUCAGUGAGAAGAGCGCUGAAGAGUCGCCUCUGUCGAACCUCAAGUACGUGGCGUUUGGUCUGGGAAACAACACCUAUGAGCACUACAAUUCGAUGGUCAGGGAGGUGAACAAGACACUCACCAAGCUGGGUGCUCAGCGUAUUGGAGAUGCUGGCGAGGGUGAUGAUGGCGCUGGUACCAUGGAAGAAGAUUUCCUGGCGUGGAAGGAACCCAUGUGGACAGCUCUUUCGGAGGCGAUGAACCUCGAGGAGCGUGAAGCUGUGUACGAGCCCGUCUACGAAGUCACCGAACGUGAGGACCUCGACGCAAGCCAGGAGACUGUCUAUCUCGGCGAGCCGAACAAGAACCACCUGGAAGGCCAUUCAAAGGGUCCGUACAAUGCACACAACCCAUACAUCGCCCCCAUCGCCGAAUCGCACGAGCUCUUCAAUGACAAGACUCGCAACUGCCUUCACAUGGAAAUCGACAUCGCAGGUUCUAACUUGUCAUACACCACUGGUGAUCACAUUGCCGUCUGGCCCAACAACGCUGGCCGUGAGGUUGACAGACUCCUGGAUGUUGUGGACCUCUCCAAGAAGCGCGAUACUGUUAUCAGCGUCAAGGGUCUUGAUGCCACAGCCAAGGUGCCUUUCCCAACACCAACGACAUACGACACCGUUAUGCGCUAUCAGCUCGAAAUCUGUGCACCAGUCUCUCGCCAGUUCGUCUCCACUCUUGCACAAUUCGCACCCAACGACGAAGUCAAGGAGAAGAUGAACAAGCUUGGUGGUGAUAAGGACCUUUUCGCUGAGGAGGUUGCCAAGAAAAACUUCAACAUCGCACAGCUCCUCGCCCAUGUCAGCAACGGCCAGAAGUGGGAGAAGAUCCCAUUCUCGCUCUUCAUCGAGGGCUUGAACAAGAUCCAGCCGCGUUACUACUCCAUCUCAUCAUCAUCGCUCGUUCAGAAGGACAAGGUCUCUAUCACAGCCAUUGUGGAGUCUGUGGAAGUACCUGGCGCACCACAUGUGGUGAAGGGUGUUACGACGAACUAUCUGCUCUCGCUCAUGUUGAAGCAGCAUGGCGAGGAGAACCCAGAUCCACAUGGCCUCAACUACGCUAUCACAGGUCCAAGGAACAAGUACGACGGCGUCCACGUUCCAGUCCACAUUCGUCACUCCAACUUCAAGCUCCCCUCCGACCCAAGCAAACCUAUUAUCAUGGUCGGACCUGGUACUGGUGUUGCACCAUUCCGCGGAUUCGUCCAGGAGCGCGCUCAGCAGGCCAAGAGCGGCGAGAACGUCGGCAAGACCAUCCUGUUCUUCGGCUGCCGGAAUCGCACUGAAGACUUCCUAUACAAGGAUGAGUGGGAGAAAUGGACUUCAGACCUGAACGGCCAAUUCGAGCUCGUCACCGCCUUUUCACGAGAGCAAGAGAAGAAGGUAUACGUUCAGAACAAGCUGAGAGAAAGAGCAGAGGAGAUCAACAAGCUCUUGGAGCAAAAGGCAUACUUUUACGUCUGCGGUGACGCUGCCAACAUGGCACGUGAGGUGAACGAUAUCCUCGCACAGAUCAUCUCUGAGCAAAGAGGCGUGGACAAGAAGAAGGGCGAGGAUAUUGUCAAGUCCAUGAGAGCGUCGAACCAGUACCAGGAGGACGUGUGGUCUUGA